GCCUCAUAUGUAAUUAGCAGUAGCACCAUCGCGGCCGCAAUCGCCCCCAGCCAAGUUGCGGCCGGAGAUGGCAGCAUCUUCCCUAGCAUCGUCGCCCAUAUUGGCAUCAAAUAUAGCAGUGCCACCACCACCGCCACCCCCGCCUCCACCACCUUUACCUAUGAUGCCUUCUAAAGGAUCAGUGCCUGCGCCACCACCAACCAAGCCACUCAAAAAUGGAGCUGCUCCACCCCCACCACCACCACCACCUUUGCCUAUGAUGCCUUUAAAAGGAUCAGUGCCUCCACCACCACCACCCAAAAAUGGAGCUGCUCCACCACCACCACCUUUACCUAUGAUGCCCUUAAAAGGAUCAGUGCCUGCGCCGCCCCCACCCGUGCCACUCAAAAAUGGAGCUGCUCCACCACUACCGCCACCUCUAUUUGGUGCAGCAAAAAACUUAGGUCCGAAAAGACCAACUACCAGAUUAAAGAGAUCGGCCCAGAUGGGUAAUUUAUAUCGAGUUCUCAAGAAAAAGAUGGAAGGAACAAAUCAAGAAGGACCGAUUCCAGAAGGUAGAUCAUCUCAAGCGAGAAGAGGCCUGACUGGGAAUUCUAAUGGUGGAAAGCAAGGAAUGGCUGAUACCAUAGCAGAGAUAACAAAAAAGUCUUCAUACUUUCAACAAAUUGAAAAAGACGUAAAAAAACAUGCAAAAUCAAUAAUGGAGGUGAAAGGUGCCAUUACUAAUUUCCAGACCAAGGACAUGACUGAGCUGCUUAAGUUCCACAAAUACGUCGAAUCCCAUCUUGAGGACCUCAUUGAUGAAGGCCAGGUGUUAGCAAGGUUUGAAGGUUUCCCCACAAAGAAGUUGGAAACACUAAGGACAGCCGCAGCACUAUACUUGAAAUUAGAUGCUAUAGUGACCAACCUGAAAAUUUGGAAGGUAGUGGCUCCUUUGGGCCAACUCCUUGAUAGGAUUGAGCAUUACUUCAAUAAGAUCAAAGGAGAAGUGGAAGCAUUCGAACGAACCAAAGACGAAGAAGCCAAGAAAUUCCAGACUCAUAGUAUCAAUUUCGACUUCAAUAUCAUUAUUAGAAUCAAGGAAUCAAUGGUGGAUGUUUCCUCAAGUUGCAUGGAGUUGGCACUACAGGAGAGAAGACAAAUGAAAGCAGUAGAGAAUAAAGAGACUCCUGGUUCCAAAACUGAAAGACCAACCAAGGAUUGUACUACUAAACUGCUUUGGAAGAGUUUCCAUUUUGCUUUCCGGGUAUAUACUUUUGCUGGUGGACAGGAUGAUCGUGCGGAGCAGCUAACAAGAGAAUUGGCCCUCCAAAUAGAGUCUAAUCUUCAACAUCAAUAACCAAAUUUUCCCUAUAGAGAAACUAUCGGAUUGCAGAACAGAAAUAGAACACCAUGUAUAUAUUGAACAUAUAAUUUAGAAAACUAAAGGCAUUUUUAUUACAACUAAGAAUUUUCUGCAAUUAAGGGCAUUUUUACCCCUAUAUGUUAUUCACCUUUUAAACUCGUACUUGUAUUUAGCACACC